AUGGAGAAACCAUCAACAACUUCUCUCUUCCUCAACACCACAAAACUCACUUGGGCCAUCAAAACACUCCACAAGCUCUUCCCCACCUACUUGUCACACCUCCAAUCCUACACAAAUCUCUUCACCACCACAUUCAUGGCCCCAAAUGACCACAAUGCCACCAACCAACCAUUCCAUGCAUUGCAACAUGGCCAUGAAAGUGAAAAUGGUCAUGAGGACCCCAACAAGUUGAUCACAAGAGAGGAUGUGGAGAUGAUAAUGGGGCGGAUGGGCAUGCGGUUGGGCGGCGACGACGACGACGAGCCCGCGACGGGCAUCGACGACCUGUCGGGCUUGUUCGCGGAGAAGGAGCCCAGCUUGGAGGAGGUCAGAGAGGCCUUCUCUGUGUUUGAUGAGAACAGUGAUGGUUUCAUUGAUGCAAAGGAGCUGCAGAGGGUUCUCUCCAGGUUGGGGUUUGCAGAAGGGGUGGAUCUGCAUGCAUGCAAGAGGAUGAUUGAUGCUUAUGAUGUGAACAAUGAUGGGAGGAUAGAUCUGAUUGAGUUUGUUAAGUUUUUGGAUGGUAGCUUUUGCUGA